GGGAUCCCUCUUUGGUAUUUGAUAUUUUAGAAGAAUCAUCGGAGCAAAUGUCAGGGCAUGGAGGGUACCAUCCUCCACCAGGUGAUGCACCAUCUUGGUGCACGUGUGGAAAUUGUAGACAGAUGCCUUCUGACAUAGAGAGGGUAUGCUGUCAACAAAUCCCGGAGAACUGUUUUUCAUUAUUGCCAGACUUUAGCAUGUUGGUCCUAGAUGAGGCAGUUCUUUCAAUUGCCCAGAGAUACAGGGAAGAUGUUCUGGCAGUACCAAGGGACCAGGAUGUCAACAGGGGGUAUCGCCACACAGCCUACCGCCAGUUUAUCUUGUGGCACUAUGGUAGGUUAGGUGCAGGUAAUAGGCGUGUUGUGCCCAGCUGCUGUGUGUGGCAAAUAAGAGACAAAUUCCCGGACAACUUUGGACAAUACACAGGCUUUAAAGAUGGACGUUUGGCCUAA